AUGGAUAGCAGCUCCAUGCUCGACUUGGUCGAUCAGCUAGAGGAGAACAUCGAGGACCUUGAAGAUAGUCUUGCGCCUUUGCUGGAGUCUGGUAUCUCCCUUGCAUCGACAACCAAGAAACUUCCUCUGUUGGAUAGAGCAAAGCUUGACGUCUUGUUGGUGUACGCGAUCGAGUCGAUCAUCUUUUCCGUCUUCCGGUUGCAUGGUGUUGACGCUAAAGAACAUGCGGUUUUUCGCGAGUUGGCUCGAGUCAAGCAAUAUUUCGAAAAGAUCAAGACUGCAGAGGCCGGCGCUUCUCCUUCUCGUCCCUCAGCGACACUUAACAAAGAAGCUGCGAGUAGAGUAAUCCGACAUGCUCUAGCUGGAAACGACAAAUAUGAUCUCGAGCGCGCCGAACGUGAAGCCCGUGACAAAUUCCGAGCCAACCAGAAAUUAAAGAGCCUGGAAGCGAGCAUGCAAGACAAGGCCAACUCGAAACCAGAGGAUGAACCACAGAUUGACGAGAACGCGGAUGCAUUGCAACUAGCCGCGCAACUGGCAUCCCUACCACGAGAAUCAUCGGAACAGCAUUCAUCAUCCUCCGAAAACGGCGACGAGGCCUCUGAUCCCCUUAAUGACGAAGAACAAUCGUCUGUAUCCAAGACCGAAAAUGCGACGGCGUCAAGCACUCCACAGAAAGAGUCGCAGCAAAAACGCCGUGGCAAGAAAAGGAAAUCUCAACAGGGAGAAGAAGGACAGCAACCGUCCAAGAAGUCCAAAAAGGCGGAGAAGAAAGUCAAGGACAAGAAGGGCCGAAAGGCCCAAAAUAAGGCUGUGACCAGCGCUGCAAACGAUGGAUGA